UGCAAAAAAAAUCUAUCGUAUUGAGAAUUUCAUUUCCUAGGACUUUAAAAGUCCAAAAGAAAACCAAAUUCCAAUCUCUCUCUCCGGUCGGAGUAAUUUCCCGGAAAAGUCAAAACUUUCCUGCCAAAUUCUCCGACCAACUACGAUUACUCCAUUUUCCCGAGAAAAUUAAAAAAAAAAAAAAAUCUCAACGAAUCUUCUUCGAUUUUUGUUUUUCUCUUUUUGGUAAAAUCGAAUCUUCUAUUGUUUAUUCAUUAUCAUCUAUUUCAACUCUGACUUGAAACAACUUUUCUAAGAAUUUAGCUGUGGUAUUUUUGAAGUUGAAGAUGGCCAGCCAUGGUGUAGGUGGUGGUCCUUCAAGACGAAGCAUGUCGUUGAAUGCCAUGCCGAACAAGAAGAAACAACCGUUGGAGAAUGGAUCCAAUGAGGGUUCGCGAAAGUCUUUAUCAGCUUCUUCGCGUACUGCUUCUUUGGGGCUAACUGUAGAGCGUACUGUGAAACGACUGCGGCUGUCAAAAGCCCUAACAGUACCCGAAAAUACAACUCUUCUUGAGGCUUGCCAUCGGAUGGCUGCUCGUAGAGUUGAUGCUUUGUUGCUAACCGACUCCAAUGCAUUACUUUGUGGAAUCCUUACAGACAAGGAUAUAACAACUAGGGUUAUUGCCCAUGAGCUUAACCUUGAGGACACACCUGUUUCCAAAGUAAUGACAAGGAACCCAUUAUUUGUUCUUUCUGACGCUCUUGCUGUGGAAGCCCUCCAGAAGAUGGUGCAAGGGAAAUUCAGACAUUUGCCUGUGGUAGAGAAUGGGGAGGUCAUUGCUUUACUUGAUAUAGCAAAGUGUUUAUAUGAUGCUAUUGCUCGUCUGGAAAGGGCAGCUGAAAAGGGAAAGGCUAUUGUUGCAGCUGUUGAAGGUGUUGAAAAACAUUGGGGGACAUCUUCUGGUUCCAAUACCUUCAUAGAGACACUUCGAGAGCGGAUGUUUAGGCCGUCUUUGUCGACCAUCAUUCCAGAGAAUUCAAAGAUUGCAACAGUUUCCCCAACAGAAACAGUUUUAGUGGCAACUAAGAAGAUGCUUGAAUUUCGAACAAGCUCUGCAGUUGUGACAAUUGAUGACAAACCACGGGGAAUUAUAACUUCAAGGGAUAUCUUGAUGCGGGUAACAGCACAAAAUCUUCCUCCACAGUCCACUUUAGUGGAGAAGGUCAUGACUCCAAAUCCAGAAUGUGCAACAAUAGAUACAUCAAUUGUUGAUGCACUGCAUACAAUGCAUGAUGGGAAGUUUUUGCAUAUUCCUGUUGUAGAUAGAGAUGGAAAAGUAGUUGCUGUAGUGGAUGUACUACAGAUCACUCAUGCUGCUGUAUCCACAGUAAGUCAAGUUGGGGGUACUGCUGGCAUAAGUACUGAAGCAACAAACAGUAUGAUGCAAAAGUUCUGGGAUUCUGCCAUGGUCUUAACCUCUAAUGAGGAUGAAGAAGAUGCACGAAGUCUCAGUGAAGGUUCCUUAAAGUUGGCUUCAGAGGGAGGAACAGAGACAGGACGAGCACUUUCCUAUCCUUUGUCAGGCCCCCCUAAUACAUUUGCUUUUAAAAUCCAAGAUAAGAAGGGCAGGAUGCAUAGGUUUACUUGCGAGACACAUAGUUUGGCAGAUCUUAUAGCUGCGAUCAUUCAGAGGGUGGGGGAUGACAUUGACCCCCACAAACUACCUCAGAUUCUGUAUGAAGAUGAAGACCAGGAUAAAGUUGUACUAGCAUCGGAUAGUGAUCUUGCAACUGCCAUGGACCAUGCAAGGUCAGCUGGUUGGAAGGGCUUGAGAUUGCAUUUAGACUAUUCAGGAAAACGUGGUCGUGGGAGAGCUUACGGUUCGGGAGCUAUGGACUUUGCUGAAACACAUGCAGACGCAUGGGCUUCUGCAUACAGUGCUGUCGCAGCUGGAGCAGCACUUGUUGCUGGGUUAGGAGUAAUGACAUAUAUGAAGAGGUCCUAAAUAUUGUGAAACAUGUUAAUUCUAUAAAUGAGUUUUCAAAUUUUAGCAUGUCUGAUUUGAUCCUAGACUAGAGGGCCAAAAUGGAAUUGGUUGUGAGGGCAUGACUUGUGCUUGAUACCUGUUCUCGUAGAACCGUAUACAUAAUACAUGAGGAAAAUCAUUUUUUGUGUA